CUUUUUAAUGUAUUCUUACAUGAAUCAAAGAUAAUACAACGACAAACAAUAACAUCCAGGCUUAUUCUCAAAAGAUUUUGGGGUCGGCUAACAUGAAUCGAGUCAUGGUAUCAGAGCCAAAAAUAGAAAAAAGAUAAGAAAACUAAAAAAGAUAAAGUAAGAUAAAAUGGAGAAGAUAAAGAUAAUUAGAUAAAUACCACCUCCGUCCCAAAAAGGUUCGCCAAAUUGACUUUUUUUGUUCAAUGGCAAUUAACUUUGACUAAUGAUAUUUCUUAAUACGAAAUCAUUUUAAAUGUAAAAUAUUUAAAGUUAUUACCCUAAAUAUGACUAAAAUAAUAAGGAAGAUCUAAAAUUGGAGUUCCUAAUAAUUUAUUCCCUGAAUAGGAGCUAUUAAUUGAAUGCUCCAAUUAUACCCCUCUUUAAUUUUCGAACCCUUUCCCGUCUCUUUUCUCUUUCACUUAUCACCUCCCAACCUCUCUCUCUCUCUCUCUCUCUCUCUCUCAUUUCUUACGCCGCACCCCAACCCUUUUUUUUCUCGACUCUCUCUUCUCUCCCUCUCUCUUCCCCUCAAUCCCACAAACAAAUAUCAGAUCUUCUAAUCCGGCAGCCCCAAUCCCACAAACAAAUAUCAGAUCUUCUAGUCCGGCAGCCCCAAUCCCACAAACAAAUAUCAGAUGUUCUACUCCGGCAGCUCGGCAGCCCCAAUCCCACAAACAAACAUCAUAACUUCUAUUCCACCAGCAUGUGCGACUCCGGCGACGUGGUGCGACUCCGGUGACGUGGUGCGACUCCGGCGACGUGGUGCGAAUCCUUUUUACGGAGAUGGCGGCAGUCCAAGAGGAGAUGUGGUGGCGAUGGAAGACAAGGCGGAUCCAUAUGACGACUCGUCGGAGAGCGGCGGCGUAUUAGGCGACACCGGCAAUGGUACGGCGGCCGGCGAUGGAUGUAGCAGCCGGCGGUGGCGGCCAGCAGUGGAGGUGGCAGCGGGUGGCUAGUUGUGGCGGCACAGGAGAUGGUGACUGUACGUACCUCAUAUGGUGCAGUAAUGUAUAUGUUAAAUAAUCUCGUGCAGUAAUAUAUACAGAUGUACUCCUAGUGCAGCAUUAGUUAAUAAAUAAACCAGACUUUCAUUAAGGGUACUUUUGUCUACUCGGUUUGUU